CAGAUAAAAGCUGUUCAUGACCCGUGCGGUCGCAUCUACUCUCCUUGUCCAUUUGAAGAGCAUUUACACCCGCGUUGAGCUCUCUCAGCCACCGUACACUUUGGCUCUCUGCACCACAUGUGGGGUUGUCAGCGGGAGUAAACAGUUCUUGAGGUCACAGAACAAGCAAAGUAAACAUGGCUUCAUUGAUGGUUAUGGUAUUUGUAAUAGUUUCUCUCUUCAUCCCUGCUGUGAGGCCUAGUCAAGCAGAUUUGUGGAAAUUGGAAUGCCUGCCUACAGUUGGAAUUGUUUCUGAGACCACAGUUAUCACAUGCUCUUUCAAAGGCUUUAAAAAGAUGGAAAUAGUUGCAGUUUCUUUAACAAAAACCACACAGGAAAAGCCAGUUUUUACAAUGGAUCCAGAUUCUAUAUCAGGAGAUCAACGCAUUAGUCUUGAAAACUCAGAAUUGGGUCCAUCAUUGAAAAUCUCUGACACCAUGUUUUCUGAUGAGGGUGAAUAUUUGUACAAUGUUAUAACAGACAGAGGUGCAAAAAUGGCACAACUUAGCAUCAGUGUCACAGCCAAGUACAAAAAUCCAAUCACAAGCACAUGGCCUGAAGCUGUCAAAGGUGGAGGGCACGCCACCCUUUACUGCAAUGCUACUGAUGGCUACCCAGCAGGCUUCAUCCAUUGGUUUGACCGUUCUGGAACUAAUUGGACCAUUAAUUCAAACACAACAAAAGCCACCAAGGAUUCCAACGGUUUAAAAUCUGUGGCCUUGUCUAGCAGACUGACUUUCAAGACUAUUGACGCGGGCCUGGCGCCAUUUAGAUGCAUCGUCUUGAACAGCAGAUAUGCUCAAGAUGGAGAAAGCACAAUAUCGAUCACAUCACAAUCAUAUGAUGAUUCUAACAAGGAAAGUUUAGCGUCUAAUACAACACACAUUGUCGCUGGUGUGAUGGUCAUUGGAUCACUUAUUGUUGGUCUUCUGUUUGCUCUGUUGAUUUUCCGAAAAAGAAAUGGUCAACAUGGUAGACGACCUUCUGCACAUCCUAUGCUAAGUUAUGAAUCAGGAAACAGUUCUGAAGAUACUCUGGAAACAGGCAACUACAGUCCUAAAGAGUGAAGGUUCCACUAUCAGCUGAUGAAAUUGAAACUAAGGACUGAUUUUCAUACUGAGGUCAGCACAGCCACCAUUUCACAAAAACAAAAGUGAAGGCAUAAAGAAAAUGGCAGCUGCUUCAGUUUUUUGUAAAGUGUGGGCCAAUACGAUGGACUGUAAGAUUACAAAGGCUUAAAAAUCAGCUUAACAUCUCUGGUAACACUUUACAAUAAGGUUUCAUUUGUUAACAUUAGUUAUUACAUUAGUUAACAUGAACUAACAAUAAACAAUUCUACAGCAUUUAUUAAUCUCAUUCAACAAUCAACAACUGUAUUUUAGUGAUAAAAUGAUAUUAACAAAGGUUAAUGAAUGUAAGAAAUACAUUUCUCACUAUUAGUUCAGGUUAGUUAAUACAUUAACUCUCAUUUAUUAACUAAUGUUAACAAAUGAGACCUUAUUAUAAAGGGUUAGAGCUUCUCUUUACAUUUACAAACAAAUGUGGGUUUAGGGAGCACGUAUACUAUACCGGCAAAAUUUCCAUCACUACAUCUAUGUAAACAAUCACUUUUCAAACUGGGGUCUAUAGGUUCUCUGAAAAUGUAAGGAAAGAUUUUACAAAAUGUAAUUUUUUCUAUGGCUGUCAAAGUUAAUCUGAAAUUGAUUAAAUACGAUAUGUCAAUAUGUCAUCUGGUCAGAAAUCAUAAAUCAUUAUUCAUGAUAAUUUUAAAUAAAUUUUCAGCAAAUUUAGGAAAUAAUAUCCAAAAUGUAAAUAUAGUUGUUUUUUUUAAGAAAGUUUCUCCUCACUGCUGUCACAUUACCCACUGAGUGUUUUAUGUUCAAAUUUUCUGUAAAGCUGCUUAUUAACAACAUUUAUGCUUAUUUAGAAAAGUGAGAUUUAUAAAUAAAUUGAAAAUGUUUCUUCUGAUCAUUAUACAUCAGACAGUCCUAAACAAUCAUUUUGUAAUUAUGUGUGUAUUUCUGCCAUUGUAUCACUGGUCACUUAAGAUUUACCUCAAUAAAUAAUUACAGUAAAAAAAAACAACAAAAAAAACACUUUAAUUCAAAAGUGAAUUAUUGCAUGAUUUGGGUUGUAGUGAUUUUCUAUAACUGUGACUUUCUAUAGUGUACAACUGUGUGCCAAAAAGAAGAGUAGUUCCUGUUAAAACAAGGAGUGUUGUGGUUUUGAAGUGGGAAUGCACUGAAUAAAGGUAGUGUGUUUUCUUUCUUGAUUUUGAAGAAAAUGAUGAAAUAUGCCUCUUUGUAAAAUGCAGCAUGUAGAGAUGCUUCUAAGACUGAGCGAUGGGCAUUCCGGAAUUGUAAGAUUGUUUUGGGAUGUAUUUCUAUUUUUUUCUUACUGUACAGAAAUAAAAGAAAAAGGAAA